ACCCAAAAUUACAAUUUAAUAAAAGGUAUACAUUUGUAUUUAAAACGAGCUAUUUUUGCAGAAACACAACCGGCGGAAGUGACGCAUUUGGCGAUUGUCAACAAGUAAGAUGGCGGCCCAUCACAGGCAGAACGCUGCAGGACGGAGGAAAGUACAGGUUUCUUAUGUGAUCAGAGAUGAAGUGGAGAAAUACAAUCGUAAUGGUGUCAAUGCUCUUCAGCUUGAUUCUCCUCUUAAUCGACUCUUUACAGCCGGCAGAGAUUCCAUCAUCAGAAUAUGGACCGUCAAUCAACAAAAACAGGAUUCAUACGUGACUUCAAUGGAGCAUCACACAGACUGGGUGAAUGACAUCAUCCUCUGCUGUAAUGGAAAAACAUUGAUAUCAGCCUCGUCAGAUACGACAGUGAAAGUCUGGAACGCACACAAGGGAUUCUGCAUGUCUACAUUACGGACACACAAGGACUACGUCAAAGCGUUAGCGUAUGCUAAAGACAAAGAGCUGGUGGCUUCAGCCGGGCUGGACAGGCAGAUCUUUUUGUGGGACGUGAACACGCUAACAGCACUGACCGCCUCUAAUAACACAGUCACGACCUCUUCAUUGAGUGGAAAUAAGGACUCCAUCUACAGUCUCGCAAUGAACCAGACAGGAACUGUUAUCAUCUCCGGAUCUACAGAGAAGGUCUUGAGGGUCUGGGAUCCACGAACAUGUGCCAAACUAAUGAAGCUGAAAGGUCACACGGACAACGUCAAAACUUUACUGUUAAACAAAGAAGGAACGCAGUGUCUCUCUGGUAGCUCGGACGGCACGAUACGAUUGUGGUCUCUCGGUCAACAGCGUUGUAUCGCCACAUACCGGGUCCACGAUGAGGGCGUGUGGGCUCUGCAGGUGAACGACGCCUUCACGCACAUCUACUCUGGUGGACGGGACAAAAAGAUCUACUGCACAGACCUGCGUAACCCUGAAACACGUGUGCUUGUAUGUGAAGAGAGCGCUCCGGUUCUGAAGAUGGAGUUGGACCGAUCAGCUGAUCCUCCUCAAGCUAUAUGGGUGGCCACAACUAAAUCAUUUGUAAACAAAUGGUCUCUGAAGGGAAUGAAUAACUUUAGGACAUCUGGAGAUUAUGACAAUGACUGCAGUGCCCCUUUAACACCACUUUGUACACAACCAGAACAGGUCAUCAAAGGUGGCACCAGCAUCGAUCAGUGUCAUAUUCUCAAUGACAAACGCCACAUCCUCACCAAAGACACAGAUAAGAGUGUGGCGUUCUGGGACGUCCUCAAGGCAUGUAAAGUGGAAGAUCUGGGUAAAGUAGACUUUGAUGAAGAAGUUAAAAAGAGGUUGAAGAUGGUCUACGUGCCAAACUGGUUUUCUGUAGAUCUCAAAACAGGGAUGUUGACUAUUACACUGGAGGAAAGCGAUUGCUUCGCAGCAUGGGUGGCAGCUAAGGAUGCUGGUUUUACGAGUCCAGACGGUUCUGACCCUAAACUAAAUCUGGGUGGGCUUCUUCUGCAGGCCCUGCUGGAGUUCUGGCCCAGAACUCACAUAAACCCAAUGGAUGAGGAGGAGAACGAGCUUAAUCACGAAAACGGCGAACAAGAGAAUCGAGUCCAAAAGGGCAAUGGGUAUUUUCAGGUUCCUCCGCACACUCCUGUCGUCUUUGGUGAAGCAGGUGGACGAACAUUGUUUAGAUUAUUAUGUCGUGACUCUGGAGGGGAGACGGAGUCUAUGUUACUGAAUGAGACGGUACCUCAGUGGGUUAUUGAUAUCACCGUAGAUAAAAACAUGCCCAAAUUCAACAAGAUCCCUUUCUACCUCCAGCCUCAUUCAUCGUCUGGAGCCAAAACGCUUAAGAAGGAUCGUCUGUCUGCUAGCGACAUGCUGCAGGUGAGAAAAGUGAUGGAGCAUGUUUAUGAGAAGAUCAUCAACGUGGACACAGAGUCACAGACCACCAACUCCUCAGGCAAUGACAAGCCUGGAGAACAGGAGAAAGAUGAAGAUGUUGCAGUGAUAGCCGAAGAGAAGAUUGAGCUUAUGUGUCAGGAUCAGGUUUUGGAUCCAAACAUGGACCUCAGGACUGUUAAGCAUUUUAUCUGGAAGACUGGCGGAGAUCUGACGCUUCAUUAUAAGCAGAAAUCCACGUGAGACCGCUGCAGAGACCCCCGUCACCUUCAUCCUGCAUUGCUUGACUAUGAAUGCUGUGCGUCUCGGACUGCUGUGCUGUUCUCAGGUUUGAUUUGAUAACGUUAGAGAACCGGCAGGAGAGAUCUGAUUGAUUGUUGAAGGAUAAAAUCAGUCACAGAGUGAUCAAGCUAUUGUGAUUGUAAUUUUUACGGACCUGUUUUAUCUGCCUUUCCUGUUUUCUACAAGUCUUUGAUGAUGUCAUAUGUUGUUAGGUGUCAUGAUGAUGAUGAUGAUGAUGAUGGAGGUAUGUGUGCAUACAUAUGCUAAGACUCACUGUGUGAGAUAAAUUGCUUCAUGCACAGAAGUACCGUAUACAAACAUUCCAGAGACUAGUAAAGGCAUUUGGUAUCAUGAAGUAAUGAUGAACAACCCUUUUGAAUGCGUUUAUUAUACUAGAUUAAUGUUGAUUUUUAAUACACUAUGCAUGGUUUAUUCAUGUUUGCUCAAUACUGUGCAAACCGUGUAUGAAAUCAAUAACAUAGGAUUAAUAAAUGCUGCAAAUGUAUCCUUCAUUGUUAAUUCAUGAAAUCUUACUGUAAAUCCUCACCAAUACAACACUUGCCCUGA